AUGGGUAACACUAGUAGCAAAAAAGAAUCGGACAAUGUGUACACAAAUGAGGAGCUGCGCUUUUUAGAAACGGCAUAUCGCAACGCAUCUGGCGGUGCUUUAGAGAAAUUAACCUCAGAUCGACUGGUGGAAGCCUGGUCUCAAACGAUCGAGCGUUCACUAGCCGAGGCCACGGCUCAAUAUCUGUUUAUCCCAACGAAGCCAGGCCAGCCAUGCAUCAAUAUACCAUUGAAGAAGUUUGGCGAGCCCUAUUACAUUAUGGAACGUGGCAGCAUUGAGAUGAAAAUGCAGAUGAUGCUGUCAUCUCUGCAAUGCAGCCCCAACGACAGCUUGAGCAGCAAACAACUGGAACAGUAUAUACACUCAAUCAUUAAGAGCUAUGUGCAUCUGGAGAGCACCUUAAAGGGUUCCAAUAUCAAGGACUGGCAGGAGUUGGGCUUUAUUACCACAGAGCGGUCGCUCUGCAGCUUUGCCAAGGGCCUGAUGCGUAGUCUAAGCAAAGACUUAGAACACACCUUGCACAAUGAGGCAUUGGAGCGUUGGCUCCACGUAACGCCACAAUUUCUACAGCUGUGGCGCGAGGUCUUUGUGCAGCUUUACACACGCCAUGGCGGCAGCAAGCGUACAAUCAUCAAAGAGAUGGAAAUUUCCAUUCUGCCCCAGCUGUGCGAUGCGCCGCAUAAUAGCCACUACCGACCCAUCAUCGAGCUGCCACAUGUGCUGUAUAUCAAUGCACAGUUGCCGCGCGAGAUGCGUCACAAAUGGCGUUUCCUAUUUUCAUCGAAAAUCCAUGGCGAGAGCUUCUCCACAAUGCUUGGCAAGAUGAUAGAUAAGGGACCUACGCUGUUUUUCAUCGAGGAUGAGGAUCAAUACAUAUUUGGCGGCUAUGCUCCUGAAUCGUGGGCACUUAAACCCCAAUUCACUGGCAACGAUACUUCUUUGCUCUAUACGCUCAGCCCAGCCAUGCGCUGCUUCACCUCCACUGGCUACAAUGACCACUAUCAGUAUCUAAACUUGAAUCAGCAGACAAUGCCUAAUGGGCUUGGCAUGGGUGGACAGUUCGAGUUCUGGGGUCUCUGGCUGGACUGCAUGUUUGGCGAGGGUCAGAGUGUGGAGAGCUGUACUACAUAUGCUGACUAUGUGCAGCUCAGCAAACGCAAGCAAUUCAAAAUACGCAAUUUGGAGGUUUGGGCUGUAGGCGAUUUGCCUGUCAAGGAUGAUGACGAAGGCGGCAGUGAUGAUCAGAAACGUUCGGUGUUGGAUACCAAUUUGGAAGAUCGUGCCAUGCUGGAAAUCGCUGGCAAGCAAAUGCACUCGGAUGGACUUCGUGAGCCGGGCAUGGAUGAUUGAUGGCGGUCGAUUUGGAAGGCAUUGAGUGAAAUCUUGGUUUUAUCAUAUUCAAGAAUUUAUAGCCUUAUGUCUCUUUUGGGUGUGCGGUUUAAACCUAUACAUAUAUACUUUAGUCUUAAAAACCUUUCCAAAAUACUUUAAACCAAGUCCUGGAUACAAAAAGUAUUCGAUAUUUCCAUUCCUACAACAAUUUUG